UGCAGACGUUCUGUAAUCUCACCGUCUACUCCCGUGUAAAAUCAUCUGAACGCGCUCCUGAGGUACAGAGUCAAAAGUGAAUUGUCGAACUCAGUUUCCAACCACAGAACACAUACAACCAUAGCACACAACGAACAAUCAUAGACAAGAAAACCGUUGUUAGAGAACGUCAUGAACGUCAAACGUAGCGUUGUAGCGUUGUUAGAUGUCUGUUUUAAAAAAAAACGCGAAAAGCUAGGAAGUGGCGAAAAACGCGAAGUUUUGAGAAAAUCCACACCAGUUUAAAAAUAAAAAGUGCUGUAAUGAAAGUACCCUGACUAUGCAAAAGAAAAAUGAUAAGCUAGCAGCUACCAUAGCGUAAAAAAAAUUAAUUGUAAUCAUGGUAAAGCGAAAAUCGACUCCAUCGAAGACUCCCUCAAAACGUUCAAAACAAGAUUCGAUCCCAGUCCCAAAUUCCCAAAGUUCCAGUAGAUCAAAUCAAAAUGAAUCGAGACGAAAACAGAAGAUUCCUAUGAAGAAACGAGUCACAACAAAAGUAAUUAUGGCAAACAAAACUUUCAAAGUUUUUAGGAGCACCAUGAGAGAAAUUAAGAAGUUACAAAGUAAAACAAACCUUUUAAUUCCUAAGUUACCAUUUUCUCGCCUUUUCCGGGAAAUUAUGAUGGAAUGUAGCACCACAGUUACAAGGGUCCAGAUUGAAGCUUUGAGGGCGUUACAAGAAUCUGCCGAAUUGUAUUUAACAUAUUUAUUUCAAGACGCAAACAAGUGUGCCAGACAUGCUCGUAGAAUUACUGUUAGGCCAACUGAUUUGCAUUUAGUUUUAGAAAUUAGAGGAGAGGAUAUGAGCAAUUUAGGAAAAAUUCCAUAUUGAAAAGUCAAUACCUAUUUUAAUUUGACCAGUAUACUAUGCAAAAAUAAUGAAUGUUUUAGUUUCAUAACUGCUACUAGUUUUUAUAAGUUUAAAGCACAAAAACUAUUCUAUUAAAAGCUUUGUAAAUUUAACUAGUAUAUUGGUCAAAUGUUUUCAAUGGAGAAUCGAUUUUUAAGAUAUAUCUCACUUGCAGCCAGUUGACAGUAUCUUUAUCGGCUAAUUAACAAUCAAUAUUAUUACAAAAAGUGUCUUAUUUCCUGUCUAUCUGAAAUUGGUAUAGUUCUUCCAUUAUCAAUUGCAGAACAUAAAAAAUCGUUCCGAACCUUUACCGAUAAUUUUGUUUGAUCUGCCAUAGGCGUGCAUACCUCAUUUUAUAAAUUUAUUUUAUAAAUAGGUACUUUUAAAAUAUAUCAUAUGCAUGAAAGUAUUCGUUAAAAGGAAAUCGAAUCAUUAUAAAUUGGACGUUAUUAUACGCCCUUAUUUAGACAGAUGCACUUAAUUGUAGUCUUACUUGAAACUUAAAAAAAAAAUCAUUAUAGCUCGUUAACUUGCUACAACUGAAUAUUAAAUUAUAAAACGUAAAAAAAAGAGUAAAGUGUACCUGCCUGUAAGGGCGUUUGGUUUAAACAGGGUACCAGACGUGAACUGAGCCCUUUUUGUACCUCAUUCGUUUUUUUUCUGGAAAACGAAAUUUCAAAGCAAAAACCAUAAAGGAAAAGAAAAAAAAAACAUUUCAAUUCUAAAGUAUCUUUAUAAAUAAUCAUGACAGUCUGAAUCCUCUGAACUAGAGUCAUCAUUUGGUUGAAUUAUGAUAGGUUGUAAAGAGGGUAAUACCACAUACUCAUCUUCUUCUUUAAUAGCAUGUUCAACACAGUUUUUCCAAAGCUCUUGGCGGUCUGCUGCUAGAACUUUCUUUACGAGUUCUUUACCUCUUUACUCAGUUCUGGAGACUGAUUACAUUUUCGUAAUUCUGAUUUUACGUUUGCGCAUAUUAACUCUAUAGAGUUAAAUGUGCAAUAGUAAGGAGGUAGUCUGAAAAGAGUAUGACCCUGUUCUUUGCACAGCUUGUCAAUAUAAUAAAUUUUGUCCAACUUUAUACCUUUAAUAACAGAAAGCAAUUCUUUGUUUGUUGGGCCUUUUUUACGAUCACUGGCAGGAAUAGGAAUAUUUUUUUCAGACAUAAACGCUAAAAUUUGAGCUUUGUUACUGCUACUAUUUGGCAUUUUAAGGAGUUGCCGCGAGUGGUAGGAUGCGUUGUCCAUAACGAUUACUGACUGUGGUGGAAUGUUAGGUAAAAGCUGUUCAUUAAACCACUUUUCAAAUAAUUCUGUUGUCAUAUCUUCAUGAUAAUCAGCUGCACAGUUUUUAAUUUUUUUAGCAGAUAAAGCAUUAGGCAAGAAACCGUCUUUGCUUUCAGCGUGUACUAUUAUAAUGCGUUUCCCUUUAGAACAUGGCCCAUUCAAACAACAAUUUUUAAUACGGUCAACCCAACCAAAAUUUACUACAUCGUGACUGUCAAACCAUGUUUUAUCUAGAUAAAUUAUGUGUCUUAGAACUUCAAAAUUCACUACAUCGUGACUGUCAAACCAUGUUUUAUCUAGA